AUGCUUAAUGCGUUUGUGGAAUUUGGUUUAGUUGAAUCUGCUGUUCAGGUUUUUGAUCAAAUGCCCGAGAGGAAUUGUGUGACUUAUAAUGCUCUUUUAGCUGGGUUUUGUCAUAAUAGAGAAGGUUCUCGAGGUCUAGAAAUUUUUCAGUGGAUGUUGCUAAAUGGCUUGGAGAUUUCAGAUUUUACGCUGACUAGUGCUAUGAACGCUUGUGCCUUGGUCACUGAUAUGAAGAAGAGUGAGCAGAUUCAUGCUUUCUUGAUUAAAUCUGGCUGUAAAUUGAGUGCUUGGAUUGAAGCUGCUUUACUCGAUAUAAACGGGCAGCAUAAUGAAGCUUUGUCUCUUUUCCAACUAGGGAUAGUGAGAAAUGACCUAAUGAUUAUGGAUGAAUUCUCGUACUCAGCAGUCCUUGCAUUAUGUGGUACCUUAGGUUUUGCAGAAAUGGGGCAGCAAAUUCACUGUGUCAUUGUUAAGUCUGGUGUAUUAUCUGAUCUAGAAGUUGGGAAUGCUCUGUUCAGUAUGUUUGCCAAGUGUGGGAACUUGGAAGAUUCCAUUACUCUCUUUAGCCAAAUGCCUCAGCAUGACAUUGUGUCAAGUGGAAUCAUAGCAUUGCCUGAGCCAAGGCAAGCACUAAUGGUGUCACAUUGGCCUGGGACUUCACUUCCAAGAGAUGUCAUGUCUGUAAAAAGAUUUGAGAACUUACAAUCAUUGUCUAUUGUGAACAAUAUCAAACUGUUGGAGUGGAAUUGGCUUAUACAUUUCUUUGAUUGA